AGCUUGAUCUUACUUUCCUCUUCAUACACACAGAAACCAAACUUCCAAGCAACAUGCGUCUGUCUUCCUCUGUCGCUGCUGUCGCUUCUUUGAUGGCGCUCAAUCCCAGCACUGUCCAAGCCUGGGGUGUCCUCGGCCACACCUUGACUGGCCAGAUCGCUCAGCAGUUCCUGACACCUACCACUGCUAAUCAGAUCAGCCAGAUCCUAGACCCUUCCUAUAGCGGUCUUCUCUCUAACGUUGCUGACUGGGCUGACAAAGUCCGUCCCCUCAGCCAGUACAGCUGGACAUCUUCCAUGCACUUCUUCAACCCCGUCGGUGACAACCCACCGGAGCGCUGCACAGCCGACUACGUCUAUGGUGGCAUCGACAACGUCAACGCGAUCAUGAACAUGACAGCAACUCUGUACCAGUUCCAGCAGACCCCGCCCACUUCAUCGGGUGACAUCAAGACCCGUGAGGAGGCCCUCAAGUUCUUUACCCAUUUCAUGGGCGAUAUCCACCAGCCCCUUCAUGACUCAACCCCUCUUCUUGGCGGAAACCAGGCUCCCAUCAAGUGGGGUCGCGCCAAGAACAACCUUCACAGCCUGUGGGAUACCUUGCUCCUCACCAAAGACGUCACCGACCGUUUUGAUAAUGAUCCCCAGGCCUACUUGGAUGAUACUGUGAAGUUGGCCAAGACCUACUGGUCCGACGCUUCUACUUGGACAUACUGCGACCCUGCUCGUAACGGCAAGAACCCCUGGUCCGAUGUCACCAGCUCACUCAAGACCCUGUGCCCGAUCCAAUGGGCCGUCGAUGCUAACGCCCUCGACUGCUCCUACGUCUGGGUCGAUUAUUCCGCUACCCGCGACUACUCGACCGAUUACUUCAAGACCGUUACUGGACCCUCGAGCAAGUACUUGCUCCAGAAGCAGCUCGCCAUGGCCGGCGUCCGCAUGGCUGCUGUUCUCAAUGAGAUCUAUGACCCCUCUGCGAAGCCUCCCCUGACCAAGCGGGGUCUCGCAAGAUUGUCCUCCAGUCACUGAAGGAGAAAACGUAGCAUUUGAACCGUUUUUGCUUUGAC